AUGACUCAGGUGCCUGCUGACUACCUGUCCACCACCAGCUCCUACAACUAUGAGCAGCCCCUUCCAGCCGUUGGUCGGACGAGUAAUAUCACCCACGUCCCCCCCGCCAAAAAGAUAACCUUCUUCAAGAGCGGGGAUCCUCAAUUUGGAGGGGUGAAGAUGGCCAUCAACCAGCGAAGCUUCAAGAGCUUCAAUGCGCUCAUGGAUGACCUCUCCCAUCGAGUCCCACUGCCAUUUGGGGUACGAACCAUCACCACCCCACGAGGAAUACAUUGCAUCAGUGAGCUAGACCAGCUGGAGGAUGGAGGAUGCUACCUUUGCUCUGACAAGAAAUAUGUCAAGCCUAUUAGCAUCAGCACUGCUGGACAGAGGCCAGCCCCUCCACGAAAUGGCCGUCCCUCCA